UUAGUUUGCACUCCACUAAUUAUAAUCUCACCCCUCCGCUCAGCUAUUGCUGGUGGAGGUGGCGCUGUUGCUGUUGCGGUGGUGGUGGAGUCAUCGCCACCCAUCCUUUUUAUUCCCCUCCCUCUCUCUUUCUCACCAUCUCGAGAAGUCUCCCUCUCCCCUCUCAUCUACCUGCCCGAGUAGGGGGCUCGGAGAAGAGCUAAUUCUGCAACAUACAGCUGGUCCCCGGCCAACUUCUUUACUCGUUGAGGACGUGCAUACACCUGCAGAGAGGGAGGUGAUGGAGGACGGCAUGGGCGACUUGUUCGACCACAUCGAGGACUUCCUCGACUUCCCUGGCGAAGAGGACGUGUUCGGGCUGAUGGAGCCCUGCGGCGGUAUGAGCGGCGCGUUGUUGCUUCCGCCGCUUCCGGUGCCGGUUGCCGAUGAGCUUUUAGGAGACGGCGUCGGUGAGGACUCGCUCGAUGGCUUCAUUACAGCAGACAACAAGGCUGGGGUCGACUUCAGCAAGGAAGACGACAAGGUAGGCGCUUGGGAUGAGAUUGACAUUAUGCAAUUGGAAUGGAUGUCCAAAUUCCUUGAUGACCCUGAGUCCUCCCUCGGUCUCCAUAGCGGCGGCGGCGACGCUGUCGACAAAAGUGCCACCAGCGAUGACAGACCCGGCGAAACUAAAGCCGAUCAGCGUUGUUUCUUUCGCACUUCGAGCCCUGUCUCUGUGCUCGAACCGAGCACGAACACCGGUGGCAGGGGCAUCAGCGAGUCGUCGUCAUCGUCCUCUUACUCUUCAUCGUCGACCUCUGCUUCCUACUUCAUCGGCGGUAAGAAGGACACUCCUCUUAGCAGGCCGGAGCCACCCACGGUGUUAGCCGUUCCCGCUCGCGCGCGGACCAAGCGCGCACGUCCGGCCGCAUUCGUUCCCCGUCCCCACGUCGUCGUCCCCUGUUCCCCGCCGGCGCCAACCGAGACGGUUGCGGCCCUCCCCUCUCCGCUUUCCUCCGAGAGCUUCGAGGAGUCAUCAUUUCGUGCUCCGCCGCGGCCGCUUCCCAGCAAAAAGAGCAAGAAGAGGAACCAUCCAACCGACGAGGGGGACUACUCGUGCUCGCCACCGGCGGUGCGUAAGUGCUUGCAUUGCGAAAUCACCAAGACCCCGCAGUGGAGGGCGGGGCCUCUCGGUCCAAAGACCCUCUGCAACGCCUGCGGCGUCCGCUACAAGUCCGGCCGGCUCUUCCCGGAGUACCGCCCCGCCGCCAGCCCCACCUUCGUCCCCGCCGUUCACUCCAACUCCCACAGAAAGGUCGUCGAGAUGCGCAACAUGGCCGACCACAACACUGUCGUCACCGACGACUGCGAUCUCCUCGAGUACAUUCGCCGGCGAGCGUGAGACGUACACGCCGCAACCAACCCACGACGAGCAAGAUGCAUACUCGAUUAGCAGCAGGAUUUGGCAGAUUUUUUUUCCUUUUAAGAAUUUCUUAGAUUCAGAAAUUAUCCCGGUAUCCGAUUCCAUUUUCUUUUAAUAUUCCAUGUAUUUCCCCUGAAAUUUUGUACAGACAAGGUGGGGAGGUGACAAGUGAUGGGAGAACCACUACAGUGUCAGGUAGGAGGUAUUAGUUGACAGGGACAUUACGACACUGCGAGUGAGACAAUGUAGUUGUUAUUGUUUAGUUAGAAGGAAAGCAAGUCCAAGAAAGGAGAUUAGCGAGGGGGAUUUCUACUAAAGGAGGGUUUAGUUUGAUUGUCGAAGCUUGGUGUAUUAAAUUCUUUUUGCAGUCGAUUGAUUGAUAGUGACUCAGUAGAUUAUAGUAUUGUAGCUUGCUAUUGGUAUUGACAUUCUACUUUGCUCUUCUCGUUCAA